AUGACGAUCACUCAACAGCCCAAGAUCACGUCGUUCGAGACACGGUUGUUCAUUAACGGAGAGUUCAAAGAUGCGUCCGAUGGCGGAAAGUUUGAUCUUCAUUCCCCUGCGACAGGAGAGAAAUUUGCCGAAGUCGCCGAAGCUAGCGCAGAUGAUGCAAACGCCGCCGUGGCAGCAGCGAAAGCUGCCUUCCCAGCUUGGUCCGCACUCGCCCCCGCGCGAAGAGGCUUAUACUUGAAGAAGCUGGCCGAUCUGAUCAUGGAGUCUCAUGCCGAGCUGGCUGAGCUUGAGGCCAUGUCGAUGGGUCGCCCGGUGUCUCAUUAUGUUGAGUCGUAUGCUUCCGCCCAGGCUUUGAACCACUAUGCGGAAAGCGGUUGCCAGGUGCUUGGAACUUCAAGUUUAAACAGCCCCGGAUUUGUCAACAUGACCCUACGACAACCAUACGGAGUAGUCGGUGCCAUUAUUCCAUGGAACGUGCCCGUGUACUUCCUGAUCUCCAAGGCCGCCCCGGCAUUGAUUGCAGGGAACACGGUGGUUGUGAAGAGCAGUGAGAAAGCCCCCUUGACUUCUGCCAAGGUUGCUACCUUGAUCCAAAAGGCGGGCUUUCCCCCGGGAGUGUGGAACAUUAUCUCUGGCCAUGGCCAAAUCUCGGGCAACGUCUUGUCACACCACAUGGACAUUCGCGUGAUCAGUUUUACAGGAUCAGGACGGACCGGCCGUCUCAUUCAAGAAGCAUCCGCCAAGUCCAACUUGAAGAACGUCAUUCUUGAACUGGGAGGAAAGUCUCCUGCGAUCAUCUUCCCCGAUGCCAACCUCGAAAAGGCAGUGCAGGAGACGAGACAUAGCAUCCAGUUCAACAGUGGCCAAGUUUGCGUGGCAAACUCUCGCAUCUACGUCCACGAGUCUAUCGCCCCUCAAUUCAUUGAGCAGUUCCGAAAGAGCUUCUCUCAGAUCAAGAGUGGCGACCCUCUGCUUCCAGAGACCAACCACGGCCCCCAGGCCGAUGCCAUUCAGUACAAGCAGGUGCAGUCGUACAUCGAGGAGGGCAAAAAGGUUGGCAAGAUGGUUUUGGGAUCUGAACCAUCUGAGCACACCAAGGGUUACUUCAUUCAACCAACAGUCUUUGUUGAGACUCCGGAAGACUCCAAAAUCAUGAAGGAAGAGAUCUUCGGCCCCGUGGUGAAUAUCAACACAUUCACCGAUGAGGAUGAUGUUAUCGCCAGAGCAAACGACACCGAAUAUGGCCUCUACGCCUCGGUUUAUACCAGGGAUAUCAGCCGUGCUUUGCGUGUUGCGAAAAGAUUGGAAUCCGGUAACGUGGGUGUCAACUGCACCAGCCCCACCGCUGCACCCGAUAUGCCGUUUGGUGGCUACAAGGCCAGUGGCACUGGUCGUGAAGGAUGGACUGUGAGCAUCGAGAAUUACCUGGAAGUGAAGACUGUAUUCAUCAAGAUUGAUGAUCAGUGA